AAUGGUAGCUCGGUGGCUUUCUGGAGGCUUUGAAGUGGCUAGCAGGCAGAUAAGAGAUGGAGGGAUGUAACGUUAAUAAGAGAUGGAGGGAUGUAACGUUAACUUGAGUGUGAUGAGAAAAGGUGCCUGGACUCGAGAGGAAGAUGAUCUUCUCAGGCAGUGCAUUGAGAUUCAUGGAGAAGGAAAGUGGCGCCAACUUCCUAACAAAGCAGGCUUAAACACGUGCAGGAAGAGCUGCAGAUUAAGAUGGUUGAACUAUCUAAAGCCAAAUAUCAAGAGAGGGGACUUCACAGAGGAUGAAGUAGAUCUUACGAUUAGGCUUCACAAGCUUUUAGGAAACAGUGCUCCCAAAAGCCUUAGACCUUUCAUGACGUGUUAAUUAUUGUAAGAGAGCUUCUUCUUUACUUACUUGGUCACUUGAGUGACCUUCUUUUGGAGUCCCAUCGAAGGUGUUUUCGGAUCUCCCAUGAGGACUAGGAGUUUGUCGAUGGGCCAUCGUGGAGAGUUAAGGUGGAGUUGAUUCACCAACAAUGUCCAUAUCAUUACAAUUAAUUAUUAAACAAUUUGAGAUAUAAGAACCAUCUUUUAUGAGUUGAAGUAAUAGAGAUGACUACUUACUUGCGAUGAUAUACUAGAAAAAUGAGUUUAUUUGAUCAUGAAUUAGAAGGCUAUUUGAUCUCA